GUAAUAUCAAGCUUUCGGUUCAAGUGAAUGCAUCGAAUGGUCAAUUUUACAUAGCUGAUCAUGUAAUAGUUACAGUUUCAUUAGGAGUCUUAAAAGAUAAACAUAAACACCUUUUUACACCAACGUUGCCAGAUUAUAAAAUUAACUCUAUCGAGGGCAUUGGAUUUGGUGCUGUUGCGAAAAUUGUCAUGCUAUUUGAGAAACCUUUUUGGAAUCUCGAUGAUGAUGAAAGAGUACUAUGGUUUCCUUUUAUAUGGGACGAUGAUUCAAAAAAUCAAAUUGAGGCUGAUCUCGAGAAGAAGUGGUUAUUAGGAAUGAAUGGUGCAAUGACGGUAGAGUACAAGCCACGACUUUUGUUAUUAUGGAUUACUGGAAAAUAUGUAAAACACAUGGAAAAUUUACCCGAAGACGUAGUAUUUAAUAAUUCUGUCGAAAACUUGCAACGGUUUUUCGGUAAAUCUUACAAUGUUAGUAAACCCAUAGCCAUGAUGCGAAGUCGUUGGUAUAGCAAUCCUCAUUUCGAAGGUUCCUACAGUUAUAGAAGUGUAGAAUCGCAUAAACGACAAGUCUAUCCAGAAAUGUUGGAAAGGCCAUUGAAUGAAGAUAAUUUGAAAUUAUUAUUUGCCGGAGAAGCAACAGAGUCAGCUAGAUUUUCAACAGUUGAUGGAGCAAUCCAAUCUGGAUGGAAAGCUGCAGACCGAUUGAUAGAACAUUACGAAAAAUCGAGUGGUACACUACACGGAGAAAAAAAAAUGUUGAGGCUACUCAAAACUUCAGGAGAAUCUACUUGACGACUUAGGUAAAGAAAAUCCUGCGCGGUAGACUCAUCGAAUGCGCAGAAGGGUCCAAACUCGUCCAAUACCGCCUACCGCCACUGCUGCGCUUCCUCCACUUUCCUCGUUCGGAAAUUUUGUGCUGUGCGAGUCCAUUCUCGCACAUUAUUUACUCAAGUAGAUUCUACUGAAGCCGCUUCGGUAGAUUCGACAUUUUUUUUCUCCGUGUAGCAACAGAUGCAUAGAACAAUUAUGAUUAGGGUUCAAUUCAUUUUAACUCUCGUUAUAAUCAAAUAAUACGUAUGAAGAAGAAAAAAGUAGGAGCGUUCAAAAACAUAAAAAUGAUAUAAAGGGUUACAUUACUAAUGACAUUCUUUGUUAACACUAGGAUAUCCAAAUCUAAAAUAUUCAUUACUCAACGGCAUGUAUCGAAUAGCUCUACUUUUAAAAAAUAAUUGAAAAGAAAUAAAGAAUUACUUGAUUUGAAAACGUCCACUUGACCCAUAUUGAAAACAGAAAAAGCACUCAGUGAUGUAGUCCUCGAUUUUUUUACUUUUGAUUGCUUUAACUGAAUGUUUUUUGUUGUUUGUUUUUUUGUUAAUUAAUAAUUGAGAAAUAAAAAUAAAUCAGUUGUAUUUAUUUGGGAUU